AUGAAAAUCUCUCAAGAUGCAAGCAUUGGAAAUGACCAAACGGUGAAGACUUAUUGGCAACGCAUCAAGGAGUACUUCGAUGAGUGCAACACAAGUGGUCACUUCCGUUCGAGCGACUCUCUACGCCAAUGUUGGUCCACCAUCAACGCCGAACGCCAAAAGUGGUUCGGUUGCUUGUCAAACGUUGCUCGCAUGAACCCAAGUGGUUGCUAUUAG